AUCAGUUGCGGAGGUGAAGGCUCGGGAACAGUCCCCGUACCUCGUGCGGGCCACGAUAACAGAGAACGACUGGACACGAGCCAACCCCGACCGUCUGAUCCCUAGUUCGGGUCUGCGAGUGAGGUGUCGCAACCCCAACUUUCAACAUGGAAAGUGGCGGAAUAUCUUAGUCGACUCGCAAGCGGCGCUACAAGAGACAAUGA